AUGGCCGCGCCUGUUCCGCUUCCGGCGCCGCCUGAUGACGUCACGGCAAAGCUCGCAUCCCAUUGGUCGGUUCGCGCGUCGCGCCGGAAGCGGUUCCCGCCGUGGCCGUGGCGACCGGGACGCGGCGGGGCCGGACCCGCCGCCGCCGCUCCCGCGGAGCCCCCGGGGCCGGCGGCGGGCGCGGGGGUCCCGGGGGGGCUCCUGGCGCUGCCCCCGGAGCUGCUGCUGCGGAUCUGCGGCUUCCUGCGGGCCCGGGACGUGCGGCGGGUGCUGCCCCGCGUCUGCCGCGCCCUGCGGGAGCUGGCCCGGGACGCGGUGCUCUGGAGGCUGCGGCUGCAGCGCCGCGCCCGCCGCCCCCUGCCCGUGCUGCCAGGUGGGUCUGGGGGCGCCGCGACCCCCCCGGCGGCGGUGAGACCCCCCCCGGGACCCCUCCCUGACCCCAGUGCGCUCGGCCGCUGGGAGCCCUUUGGGUCCCCCCCUGGUUUUGGGGGUCUCUCCAUGCUUCUGAGACCCCCCCCCGCCCGCGAUUUUGGGGGUCCCUUUCCAUGCCUUUGGGUCCCCCCCCCCGGUGGUUUCGGGGGUCCCUCUCUGUGGGGUCCCUUUCCACAAUUUUGGGGGUCCCCCCCAUGGUUUUGGGUCCCCCCCCCCCCUUGGUUUUGGGGGACAGAUGGCUCUGCGUGGGUGGGGAGGGGUCUCUGGGGGGGGGUCCCGCUGAGCCCCCUCCCCUUCCCCAGGGAGAAGGCGGCCGUGCUGUGCCUCUCGUACCGCCCCGACGUCCUCGUCACCGGCACCUACGACAAGACGGUGACCGUGUACGACCCGCGAGCCGGGCAGGCGCAGGUGAGCAGCUACAAGCCCCACGCCAGCGCGGUGCUGUCGCUGGCGGCCGACGAGCGGCUGAUCGUGUCGGGCAGCGAGGACCGGACCCUGGUGGUGUUCGACCGCCGCGCCGGCUCCGUGCUGCAGCGCCUGCAGCUGGACAAUUACCUGCUCUCCAUGUCCUACCGGGGCUCGCAGCUCUGGGCUGGGGACAACCAGGGCCGGGUGUACCUGUUCGGCAGCAGCGGCGGCGGCUUCCAGCCCGCCCGGUAUUUCGACGUGGGGCACCGGCUGCAGAUCACGGGGCUCUGGCACUCGCUGGGCUCGCUCUACACCACGUCCACCGACAGGACGCUGCGGAUCCACGUGCCCACAGAUCCGCCCCGCACCAUCUGCUCCUGGACGCACGACGACGUCCUCAACGGGAUCAGCGUGGAUGGGGACGUGGUGGCCGCGGCCUCGGGGGGACUCUCGGUCGAGGUGUGGAGGCUCCGGACCUGACGCCGGCGGGCUCGGGGGGCUCCGGCCGCGCCCCGCGGGGUCCCCCCAGCGCCCCCCACUCAGGGGGGGCCGGGCCCGGAUCCGGGACGUGGGUGGGGCUGGAAGCUGCCGCCUGUUGAUGGCUAUUAAAGGAUUGGACUGGA